AGCGCGACCGAGUCUGCAAUCCUUGCUGUGUGAUCUCCGCACAAGAAAAAGCUGCACUCAACACCUCGAGCUAUUGCAUCAUUGCUGUACGAAGUCGGAACCCCUUUCCUUCAUUCCUUUCCCUUUUUUUCUUCCUCUUCUUCUGUGCACUUUAAGAACCAUUCAAGGAUCCGAAAUUAUGAUGUCCAUGAACAGCAAGCAGCCGCACUUUGCGAUGCAUCCCAGCUUACCGGAGCACAAGUACACGACGCUGCACUCGAGCUCGGAGGCGAUACGGAGAGCGUGCCUGCAGACUCCACAGCUGCAGAACAACAUCUUCGCGAGCCUCGAUGAAACGCUGCUGGCGCGCGCCGAAGCUCUGGCGGCUGUGGACAUCGCCGUGUCUCAGGGCAAGACCCUCCCGUUCAAACCCGACGCCACGUACCACACGAUGAGCAGCGUGCCCUGCUCCUCCACGUCCACCGUGCCUCUGGCCCACCACCACCAUCACCACCACCAUCACCACCACCAGAACCUGGAGCCCCCCGACCUCAUGGAGCACAUCAGCUCGCCUUCGCUGACCCUCAUGGCCGGAGGACACGAAGGGGCAGGCGGUGGAGGUGGAGGUGGAGGAGGUGGUGGUGGUGCUGCUGGCUUGAUUUCCACCACCGCCCACCCGCACCCACACAUGCACGGUUUGAGUCACCUUUCCCACCAGGCUGCCAUGAACAUGAACUCACCGCUCAGUCACCACGGACUUCUACCUGGUCACCACGGGGGGUCCCAGGGCGCGCCGGGACUCCCCAGCAACGGACUGCCCUCCAUCAACGACUCGGACACGGAUCCCAGGGAGCUGGAGGCUUUUGCGGAGAGGUUCAAGCAGCGGAGGAUCAAGCUGGGGGUGACCCAGGCGGACGUCGGAGCUGCUCUCGCGAGCCUCAAGAUCCCAGGUGUGGGCUCGCUGAGCCAGAGCACCAUCUGCCGCUUCGAAUCGUUGACUCUGUCGCACAACAACAUGAUCGCGCUGAAGCCCAUCCUGCAAGCGUGGCUGGAAGAGGCCGAGGGGGCCCAGCGGGAGAAAAUGAGCAAACCCGACAUUUUCAACGGGGGGGAAAAGAAACGCAAAAGGACCUCGAUAGCGGCUCCCGAGAAGAGGUCUCUGGAAGCCUACUUCGCGGUGCAGCCCAGACCCUCGUCGGAGAAGAUCGCGGCCAUCGCGGAGAAACUGGACCUGAAGAAGAACGUGGUUCGAGUGUGGUUCUGCAACCAAAGACAGAAACAGAAGCGGCUCAAGUUCUCAGCUGCGCAUUAACUGAGCGGGACGUUAAUUAACGGGAAGAGUCAUGAACUGGAUGAAAAAUGUGAACUUUUUUUGGACCGUGUUUCGGGGGACCAAGGAUCGUACACACAGACCACGUUUUUUUGUCUUCCUUUUUAAAAAAGGCUUUAAACACGCUGUCACCAUGGUCCACAAAUCUACUGUAUGAGGCAUAUAAUAUAUGUGUAUUUUAUUUUGUUCUCCUUGGCUCGUUUUCUCAUGUCAUCGAUGAAUGUGAAGUAUGCAAAACA